CGUGGGGCGGGGAGCCGAGCGCGUGACCUGGAGCCUCGGACCUGUCUCGCCGCUGCCGCACAUGUUCCCUAGCCCCUCUGGACCUCGGUUUCUCCAUCUCUAAAAUUGGAAUGAUGGUAUCUAUCUCGAAAUACCGCGUGAGCAGUAAUCUCUGUAAUAGCCAUUAACGCGGAGUGGAUUCUGAAUCACAGCGACCCUGUAGGACAAGAUGCUUUGACCACACCGUUCAGCUGUCGGGCCCUGUGCAGGGGCCUUCCUCUUUCCAGCAGCCUCACCAUGAACGUCUCCCCAGGCACGGUGGGCAGUGACCCGGUCAUCUUGGCCACCGCUGGCUAUGACCACACUGUGCGGUUCUGGCAGGCCCACAGUGGGAUCUGCACUCGCACGGUGCAGCACCAGGACUCUCAGGUGAAUGCGCUCGAGAUCACACCAGACCGCAGCAUGAUUGCAGCUGCAGGUUACCAGCACAUCCGCAUGUAUGAUCUCAACUCCAAUAACCCCAACCCCAUCAUCAGCUACGAUGGUGUCAAUAAGAACAUUACAUCUGUGGGUUUCCACGAGGAUGGCCGCUGGAUGUACACAGGAGGAGAGGACUGUACUGCCAGGAUCUGGGACCUCAGGUCCCGGAACCUGCAGUGCCAGCGGAUUUUCCAGGUAAACGCACCCAUCAACUGUGUGUGCCUACACCCCAACCAGGCAGAGCUCAUCGUGGGGGAUCAGAGUGGGGCCAUCCACAUCUGGGACUUGAAAACAGACCACAAUGAACAGCUGAUUCCAGAGCCCGAAGUCUCCAUCAUGUCCACCCACAUCGACCCUGAUGCCAGCUACAUGGCAGCUGUCAACAGCACUGGAAACUGCUACGUCUGGAACCUCACAGGGGGCAUUGGUGAGGAGGUGACGCAGCUCAUCCCCAAAACCAAGAUCCCGGCGCACACCCGCUACGCUCUGCAGUGCCGCUUCAGCCCCGAUUCCACGCUCCUCGCCACCUGCUCAGCUGACCAGACGUGCAAGAUCUGGAGGACGUCCAACUUUUCCCUGAUGACGGAGCUGAGCAUCAAGAGCAGCAACCCUGGGGAAUCAUCCCGCGGUUGGAUGUGGGGCUGUGCCUUCUCAGGAGAUUCCCAGUACAUCGUCACUGCAUCCUCUGAUAACCUGGCACGGCUCUGGUGUGUGGAGACCGGGGAGAUCAAGAGAGAGUAUGGUGGCCACCAGAAAGCCGUCGUCUGCUUGGCGUUCAAUGACAGUGUGCUGGGCUAGCCUGCACCCUUCUCGAUAUGCAUCUGGGCAGCUGGACUGCUGGAGGCCCUGGAAGAGUGGCCCCCAUGGGCUAGCGUUCACUGGCCCAGGCUCAUGGUCUUCUGGGCUUUCCUGGCCCCCCUUGGCCAGCUUUGACUCACCAAGCUGGUCUGCCUUGGGCUAUCUCAGUGCACAAUUGCUCAUGUAGACAUAAUGGGGUUGGGGGACCUGGCUCAGGCCAGGCUGCAGGUGGCAGCUGGGCUAGCCUGCAGUCCCCACAGAAAUUCCAGGCCCACCCUGGCCUAGAGCCGCCUAGGGCUAUCUGAGGCUGGUGCCCACCCUCAGCCAGUGCUCCGUCCCCCUCCCUGCCUUCGUUUGGAGUCCUGAGGCCACAGAGAACACCACCACAGCCAGAUGAAGCAUUUAUUAGUCCCAGCUGGCAGCUGCCCUGUGUGGUGCUGGUGGCAGGGCUAGCAGGGAUGGGGCCAGAUGGGGCCAGCCUGGGGCUCAGUCGGGGAGGUAAUAAAAGCAGAUUGACAUGCA